AUGCAUUUGGACAUUGGCAAUUUAAUCGAGCCCAAUGGGAAGAAGUUACAGCUGAAGCGUGUGGUUAAAGUGAACGCUGAAAUCGCUUCGCUUUACAACUCCUAUUCGACAUCAGAGGUGAUAGACCCUGUAGACAACUCACUGCACACUUUCCAAACCAUGGUCACUGAUGCAGGCAAGGAGAAGAAGGCUAGCUUGAUACUAUUGACAAAAAUAUGCAGAAUCAAGCCUCAAAUACCAGGCCUUGGAGAUGCAACUGUGUUUUGGGACUUUAAUGCUAUAGAUGACUUCUAUAAAACUGAUAUGCCUGAUUGGCCUUUCAAUGAUGGUGUUGAUAACCCGCACCUUUAUCAGGUGAAAGAAUCUGAGUUGGUAGACAAUGAAUGGAUUUAUCUAUAUGCUGAAGCUGCUUUGUUCUCCGAGUGGCGCUCUGAAAUGAGUGAUUAUACGCCGUUUAAGAUGAAGAAAGUAAUGGUAUAA